AUGAACUUGGAGGCCCUCAGGAUCGAUGGCGAAUCGCCAGGGGCGAUCUGUACCAUUCGUUGGCCGCCGGUGGCCGAUGCGCCGGACCGCGUUUUGCAUUUAGCCUGGCCGUUGCUGAGUCGUCCGGGAGCUUUCCUUCUUGCUCUCCCGGUGGCCUUGCAAGAAGAUGCUGUGCUGGCGGCUGGUGGCGCUACUUCCCCUUUCGGUCCUUCGGUUGUGGUAUGCGUGCCAGCCGUCGAGGAGGGCGAUGCCGGGGAGGACAUACCUGCGGGCUACGAGAUGUCAGUCCUACUGCUGGACUUGGAGGAGGCGGCUCUCAGGUUCAUGAGCUUAUUCGACCCGGUAACGGAAUCGGGUCUUGUUGUGGGCUUCGAGCCGAGUGCGGCCCAUGUUCUUCCCUCGGCCGAGGAUCUCAUGCGUGCUGCCCUGAAUUGGGUUGGCAGCGACCAGGCCUCUGCUUUGGCGUAUGUGACGGCCCAGGAGGAGGAAGAAGGAGUCCCGGAGGUGAUGCCCAAGAGAGCUGCCAAGCCCAAGUACAGCAGUGUGGAUCAGGUGCGUGUCCUGACCGAGCGCCAGGCUGCCUUGGCGCCCUCUCCUGCUUUGCCUGCCGGCUCGGCCCACCAACAGGACUUCCCGAAGGUUGCUUCUGUAGCUGCUUCGCCUCCGGUUCUUGCCUCUUUGGCUGCUGGGCUGCCUGCGCCCACACUGUUGGCGGCGACUCCGAAGGCCCCUGUGAGGCCAGCAGCUCCACCCCCUCCUGCGCUCCCCGUGUCCUCUGCCUUGCCGUCCUCCUCGGACCACUUGGCAACUGCCAUAGCUCAGCAGGGUCAGGCCCUGAGUCUCCUCGUGAACCACCUGGCUUCGCAAGGCGAGGCUCUGGACCUCACGUCGGCCACGGCAGGGCUGGGCUCGAAAGGUUCAGCAAAGAGGGAGCGGCUCCAGCAGGAGCUCAUGCAACGGACGGGGACUUUCUACCUGCAAGUGUGCCAGAAUGCAUUCCGCAAGCUCUACCCGGCCUCUCCGGUGCCUGCCUCCCUGGCCGAGUUUCAGACCGAUGGGCGGCUGAGUUUCGUGACUUACCUGGAGCGCUUUGGAGGUUAUGCUCAAAGUCGGGACCUUGCCCUGGUCAUGCACCAACUUGCUUUCGUGGCCGACUGUCUCGUCCAGGACGACGUGCAUGGUGCUCGCGAGCACUUGGGCUUGCUGCUGGCCUCUACGGAGCAGGCCGCUCAGGAUCGCAACUGGUCCCUGGCUUACCUUUUGUGUCUUCUGGAGGAACCGGCACCACAGGUGUAUUCCUCGCGGGCCCAGGGUUCUGCAAGCCGCCUCCGGGCCUUCACCCCCCUCGUUUCUCCCACUUGGGGGUCGACUGCCCUUUCUUAUGUUCGCGAGCUCGACCUGCUGACUCAGAGGAGGAAGGACACCGUUUCGCCAAAGGCCCCGUCCGGCGAACUUCACGACGAUGCCGCGGCCGCACCAAAGCGGCGGCCGCGCUUUCCGAGGAAGCCAAAGGCUUCCCCGUCGGGCCCCUGGCUGGCCUCCACUGCCGUGCCCUCUUCCGUGGCUUCGCCACCCUUGGACUCUAUCGGCAAGUGUGCUGGACAGGCUCUGCAUAGUCAGCCCUUUUCGCCUUCGGCGGCCCUCUCCUUUAGACGAUGGGCUUUUUCGUUGGCCUCCCGCCUGAUUGCCGGCAAGACGGCCUUCUCGGCUUUUUUCAAGAGAACUCUGCAUCUGCGCUGGUGCGGCCAGCCGGCCCCAGCUUCAGUCUUUUUGCCUUUGCCUGUUCCCUGCCCCGGUGCCUUCCGGUACCUAGGCCACUCAGGUCAGCGUCGCAGGCAGCGCUCUGCUUGCCAGGUCGCUCUCCAUGCCGUGGUGGUCGCGGUCAACUUCAUUUACUACGACUGCGCUUUCGUGCCGCUCCGGCUCCUAGCUCGACCUCCUAAUCCUGCCCAGGAGCGCUGCCUCCUCUACCUGAAGGGGAUGGUCCAGACUUUCGGUGACGUCAAGGAGGGCAUCUUCCCUUCCGAGACGGGCCGCCGUAUGAAUUCACUGAUUGCAAGGCUCACCGAGGUUUCUCAGAAACUCGCUGUGUUGGGUCCACUCGGCGACCCUUAUGCAUAUGUGCCGGCAGGCAUCGAGGUACCCAUGUGCAACACCACUCCCGACCUCGAGCCUUACCGCUCCCUCUGUGCCGAGCGCCUGCGCCUGUCUGGAAAAGCAAACUGGAAGCCUGAGGACUACCUGCCGCCGGAGCUUUUGAUGGCAUACUCUUUGCCUUCUUCUUUGCUGUGCGGCCGGACUCCCCUCCCUGAGGAGUAUCCGCGGGCUGAUUUUGAGUCUGUGUGCGAGACCCGGGCUUUGGCUGUGAAGUGGGCCUCUCUUGACCUGCUCCACCUUGAGCCGGCCCAAGACCUUCCCAUGCACGAGUUCACUCGCAUCUUUAAUGCCUACAAAAGCGCUGAUGUUGAUCGCCAGAUUGGCGACCGUAGAGGUCGGAAUGCUGCUGAGGCCAGGCUUCCCGGCCCUUCGCGUUGGCUCCCCUCUGCAGAUGUGUUGUGUGCCUUGAGCGCCGAUGCCAAGAAGGAAGCCCUUUGCCUUUCGAUGUCGGACAGACGUGAUUUUUAUCACCAAUUGUGGGCGCCAUGGUCCAGGGCUGUGACUAACCGGCUUUACCCCAGCUUCAGCCCAGAGGAGUUUCGGGGCACGGCUGAGGUUGCGAAGAAUCCAGACUUUACGGGUCGUGGCCCGUUGGCCGCGGCCCUCAUUGGGCGGGUUGCGAUGGAGCUUCAGCUCAUUUCUGUGCUGGCCCCCCUUGCGGCUACUGACGUCUCUGUGCCGUACUUGCCCCGCCUUUUCGCAACGGACUCGUCGGAGGCGAAGGGAAAGGCGCUUACUCGAGGCUUACUUCUCGUACAGGGCAUUCUUCAGCGGGCCGACCCUCUCUUUGAGGACACAGGCGAGGACCAUGGACCGGAAGAGCCUCUGCCGGUGCCGGGGCCUUCCCGCCCCCUUGCCUACGACUUUGAGUUCCUAGAGCUCUCGCUUGGUCCCCCUGAUCUUUCUCAGGAGAUAGCUCGCCGAGGGUUUCGGGUAGGGCCUCAUGUUGAUCUUAGGCUUGGGUCUGAUUGGGGGCUUCAGCGGCCGAUCGUCCUUGAUUGGGUUAUGCAUCUGAUCGACGCUGGCCGGCUGCUCGGCAUCUACAUGGUCCCGCCCUGUGCCUCCAGCCUCCCUUCCGUACGUGGUGCUGGGGCAGUGCCUUCUGGAAGCCGGUGGGGCCUUCCAGGAAAGCGUUACGAAGAGGCUGCUUUUGUGCUGUGUGCAGCCGUGUUUAAGCAUGCCAACCGCCGGGGGAUCUGCGCUCUACUCGAGCUUCCUGCCUCCUCGGAUUUCGUUGCCGGCCGUUUGUGGGCCUCCUGCCGGGCCUUGCCUUAUGCUUCCCAGAUCGCGCUCUCUGCUUGCGCUUUCGGUGACCGCCGUCGGCGCGACCUGCUUGGACUCGCCACGGGCCUUGAGUGUUCCUCGCUGUGCCUUCCAUGUCCAGGGGACCACAAGCACUCUGUGCCACGCUCGGGUUCUGCAGCCACUGGUUUCAAGCACUGUGCCGGCCUCGUCGUUGCCUAUGCCCGCGUUCUCUGCCGUGCUUUGCGGUCCCUUCUUGCAUGCACUGAGGCCUCUGAUCCUCCUGUGUCCGGUUUGGAACGCCAGUGCGUGAAUGACUUAGCCCUUGGCCUCGAGUGGGAAGUUUCCUCUUCGUGGUCCUGGCCCCGGCCCAUCCACAUCAAUAUCCUCGAGUCUUCAGUGUUGUGCCGGCUCUAUAAGGAUCUUGCUGUGCGCUACGGCCCUUGCCGAGCUGUCGCCUUUUGCGACUCCUUUGUUGCUCUUUCCUCUCUGGGGAAGGGCCGCUCUUCGUCAAAGAGCCUCCGCCACUCUGCUCGCCGUGCUUCAAUGAUCUGCCUGGCUGCCGGGAUCUACCCUGGCAGCAUGUAUACACCUACCCGCCUGAUGCCUGCAGACCACCCUACGCGAGACAACGACAUUCCGCCUCCCGUCCCUGGACUUGGGCCUGCUUUUUGGACCUUCGAAGCUGUCAAGCAGGACACUGUGCGCCCUCGCCUCCGGCGGUGGGCUUCCUCCUGGGUUCGACUUGCCCUCCUUUUACGGCCCUGCCUUGGGCUACUUGCACCUGAGUCCGUAGGCUGUGCCGAUGCCCACCUUGACUUCAGGGCUUUUGUGCGAACCCGGGGCUUCGAUAGCUCCAUCGGCUUCCCUGGUGAAGGGCGCGACAAGCUCAGGGAGCUCUUCGAGAAAUGGUUAGCGCUGGUUUGCUAUGGGCAGUAUAUGUUCAAGACGGGCAAAACCUACAGCAGCUAUUCCGAGACGCUUAACAUGUUUUCAUCACUGUGCCCGUCUUUGCGACGGCUGUUGCAACCCGCAUGGGACUUGGCUUUUGCCUGGCAGCGUGAGGAGCCGCCAGUGCAUCAUACGGCUAUGCCUUGGCAGAUCGUCGCGGCUGCCCUUGCGAUUGCACUUACUUAUGGAUGGCUGGACCUGGCAGGUGUGAUCUGCCUUUGCUGGGGUGGGCUUGCAAGAGUUGGCGAAGUACAAGAAGCAACCAGGGCGGAUCUUGUACUGCCGACCGACACGGGCACGCCUGCCUCGCGCUACCUUUUAAUGUCCAUCAAGGAGCCUAAAACUCGUUUUCGGGCGGCUAGACACCAGUCUCUUCGAGUCGACCAGCCACAGCUGCUGCGCAUCAUCGUCAUGGCUUUCGGGUCUUUACAGCCCUCGGAAAAGCUCUGGUCUUUUUCUGGUUCCACUUUGCGGAAUCGUUUCAAGAAACUGAUGCUGGCGCUGCGGCUCGACCGGGGCAUUGUACCUGGAGUCAAAGACUUCGACCUUGGCUCCUUGCGUGCAGGAGGGGCCACCUGGCUUAUGGACAUGACAGAAAACCCGGACUAUGUCCGUCGGCGGGGCAGGUGGAUCACCACGAAAGUGAUGGAGAUCUACGUGCAGGAGGUGGCUUCUUUGACUUUUCUCCCUCGCCUUCCAGACACCGUUAAGCAGCACAUCUUUGCCUGGGCAGGGCAGUUUGCUGCUGUGGUCGACAAGGUCGAAGCCUGGCACAGCUUCAACUUGCCGCCGGUCUCUUGGAAGUUUUUGAUGGCUCACGGUCUCUUCCUCUUCUUCCCCGGCUGCGCCCUCGGAUUGCGACACUGCCCUGUUUGUCACCAAUGGUUCACCCGCACGCAGGAUAUCUUCCGGCUCACGGUGUCCUUCAAAACUCAACACGCGUUGGGCAGCGGCCUCUCUCUACAGGAGACCCAGCAACGAGAGGCUCAGGCCGAGCUGCUACUUCUCCAGUGCUGGGGAGAGGACGGGAUGAUUCUGGAUGCAGCGAACAAGCAUCAAGAGAUGGAGGAUGCGGACGACCAGGGGAAGGAGCGCGAUGCGAAGUGGGCCAGACCGGAAUCCAAGGGUGGCUUCGGCCGCGGCGGGAGGGGCAAAGGCAACCAGUCGGGCCAGCCGCCGCAGAACAAUGGGCCUCGUCGGCAGCCUUUCCGCCGACCGACAGAGUCGGACUCCAAGGCCCCGGAUGGCAUGAUGUGGCUGCUGGGAAAACUCCUCCUGCGCCACGAGGAUCAGAUGGGAAUCGACAGGACUCAGAACGGCUUUGUCAUGUUCUUCAAGAGAGAGAGUGCUCUCUCCUUGGUUCCUCUCUUCGUUCAGAAGUCUCAGCAUUGGAAUGCUCUGAAAGAGCAGAAGCAGGAGAAAAUGGACGAGAUUGCCCUGCCCCUACGUACCUUUCUCUUCCACACAAUGAUGGAGACCCUGGUGAAGCGCAUCAAGGACACUGUGAAGAACGACGAGCAACUGAAGACUGCCAUUACCCUCCAAGUUUUUCUUCCCAAGGAGGGCGACUCGGAGCUACGCAUUCCAUUCCUGAGCUACAACCCGGAGACCAAAUCUCUGGCCCCUCGCCAGGAUCAGCCACCGAUCCUGGUCUCCGCGAUGCUCGAGAAGCUGCAAAUCCUCCAGAAGCAAUGCCUCUGUCCUCUGGCCAUCAUGCGAUUCCACUCCACUCAGCGCCUCAACGGCCCUCUUCAGGGCCCCACCGUGCCCUUCUUGCUUCAGGUGGGUCACAGGUCGCCGGAAGCAGCCGAGCUCUAUCUGAGCCUCCGAUCGCUGGCCAAUUCGGCGGUCUGGCAGUUGGUGGGCGGAUCUCUGCGUCCGGAGAAAAUGGGCCGCUCAGCCCUGGCAGCCGAGCUCGCUCGCCGUUUGCAGGGGUCCUUCACUCAGACAGGCUGUUCUCUCAAUCACCUCAGUGAUUUGGUCCGCGGCUAUGCGUUCAGUCGUGCGGCGAAUGACUACGCAGGCGCCUGUCCCAGACCUUUGGUCGGCUCUCCAAUGGUGCGCGACUGUGGGGACGCAUGGCCUAUGCUACUAGCUACGCCUCCUUCUCAGUGUGAUGCUGGAACUAGUGGACGGAUCACAAUCCAGCGGCUUAUCCAUGCCUGGAAGGAUCAAGCUGCUGCUGGACUCACCGCCAUGGACAGUGAGCCGGGCCUUUUGGUUUUGCAGGUAAACCGGUUCAGCCCCUCGGCUGCCGGUGCAAAGGACGUCACCAGUGUGCUGCCGGAUCCUCGCAUUCUGAUACCCUGUUUUCAGCACCACCCUAUCCCGCAAGAUGCUGCCCUUUGUGUGCGCCAUUGCGAAUACCAGCUGAUUGCGAUCAUUCUGCACGAGGGUCCUGAUGCAGCCUCCGGUCAUUACCGUGCACUCCUCUGCACUUAUCCUCCUGACUCAGAGCCCGUUCACUGGCAAUGCGACGAUGCAAAAGAGCCGACAGUCCACUCUGAGCUCUCAUUGCAAGCCUUGACAACGGGCUACCUCUACUUUUACUGCCGCACCGUGCAGCCUGAGCAUGUCUAG